ACAGUUAAUUAUAACUUUUACCACGUGCGUGCGUAAAGUGGAUGGCUGGGCGCGCACUCAUGCAGCACAUCACUGCGGGGAUCAUCUGCUGUCAGGCGCGUUAUUCGGAGUGGGAGUGAGGGCUAUGGACGAUUCAUCGACUGAUUCGCCUCUCAGACUGGAACAUUUCAUAUGGUCUACCUACUUUUGUCUCAUCCACGAGCUUUAAAUAAAGUCUACCUGGAAAAUGAGACGCGCAGACAACAAUCGGUGAUCUGUUUACCGGUUGAUUGCAAAAUUUAGACUUAAUAAGGAUUUGUUUUUUUUUUGUUAAAGUCUUUCUCGGAUAUGGCACAUCUGUGGAUCCAAUAAGAGGAUUCCACAGCGUCAGACGCGUCUGCGGCGGGAGAGACCAGCGGAGGGGACUGGGGAAACUUGUGUGGUGCAGGAGACGGUCUCUCUUUUCGAAUCGGCGCCGUCACAGCUGUCACAGAAAAAAGGAGAGAGAACCAUGGUGAACUCCCUCAUACUGAUGCUCAGCUGGACUGUGAUCUCUGAGGUGGCGAGAGCUCAGAAUGACACGGAGCCCAUCGUCCUGGAGGGCAAAUGCCUCGUGGUCUGCGACUCUAACCCGACCACGGACUGGAAGGCUUCGUCCUCUCCGCUCGGCAUCUCAGUGCGCGCCGCCAACUCCAAGGUGGCUUUCUCUGCAGUCCGGAGCAACAACCAUGAGCCCUCGGAGAUGAGCAACAAAACAAGAAUAAUCUACUUCGACCAGAUUCUUGUGAAUAUAGGAAACUACUUCACAUUUGAAUCAGUAUUUUUGUCCCCAAGAAAAGGAAUCUACAGUUUUAACUUCCAUGUCAUUAAAGUGUACCAGAGUCAAACCAUACAGGUAAACCUGAUGCUGAAUGGGAAACCAGUCAUUUCUGCCUUUGCGGGUGACAAAGAUGUGACUCGUGAGGCAGCCACCAAUGGAGUUCUGCUUUAUCUAGAAAAGGAGGACAAAGUCUACCUAAAGCUGGAGAAGGGAAACUUAGUUGGUGGAUGGCAGUACUCAACAUUUUCUGGCUUUCUCGUGUUCCCUCUGUAAAGAAAAGAAGAUUGUAAGCUCGCUGACUUCUUCAUAAUGUGUUGUCACUGUAUAAUCAAAACAUUGCUGCUGCAUCAGUUGGAUCUUGCCAAAUGGAUUGAAAAAUGAGUGAUGGAAAUGGAUAACAUCAGAGCGAGGAAAUAAGACUUUGGAAAUUGUUCACAUUCUCUGAAGUGCUGAGUUCCUGUCCAGAUGAAAGAGACUUGAAAUGUUCCCCAUCCCUUCUCUAUGUUCCUGUCACUCAAGCAGCCUCAGAGAGGAACACUAAAACAUCCCAAAAGUACUUUUCAAACUUUGACUUGUCAGAAUAUGUUUAGCAUACUGAUUUUUUUUUCAUGACAACUGUUGCAUUUUAGUACAUCUGCCUUUUGGGUGUAAACUGUAUAUGCCUGUGUUACUCCUGUGGCUUGUCAUCACCAAAGUUUUCACCUUGCUAAGUACUUGGGGUAUUACUUGUUCCAGGCUGAGAGGUGGUCAAAAAAAAAAGAGAUAAUAGAGGUGUAAGUCACUGAUAACAGAGAUCCAUGUUUAUGGAAGUUGCCUGAUAGAAUAGAUUAAGUUGAAUUAGAUUUUUUUUAAAAGGGGGGAUUAAUGCUCAUUGCAAAGAGUGAUUGGUGAUGAGAGGCACUGAUGGAUUACUGAAUGGACAUAUGGGGCACAGGCCCAGAGGCCUCACCUGAAAAAUGUCACUGAAAGAUGACAACAAAAAGACAUCAAGUGACCACAGGCAGAUGCAAAACAAGCACAAAGCAACGCAAAAACACCUAUAAAACAUGCUAAACAACUACAAAGACAAACCAAACAACCACAAAUAAAUACAAAAAGAUGCAAAAGUACUACAUGCGGAUGCACAAAACAGCUACAAAGAGAUGCCAAAUGGCUACAAAGACACAGAAAACUACCACAAAGUGGUGCAAAAUGAUCACAGGCAGAUACAAAAUGACUACAAACAGAUGCCAAAUGACUGCAUAGAGAUACAAAAUGACCAUACAUGCACACACAAAGCAACCUCAUGAGACGCCAAAUAACUACAAAGAGAUACAAAAUGACACUUUGUGUUUCUUUCAGUCUGUGGGUCUUGCUUCUAUUUAGAGGGUGAGGGGCCUUUUACAUGCCUGUGCCCAGGGUCCUGUUGUGUCAUACUGUGUCCAUGAUCAGAGGUUAGAUUUCAUCAUAUUUCUGAUCAAUAAGGCUCACUGCUGAUACUGAUACCGUGCUUUAAAUCAGCUACAGUGGUCAGUUUAUCUUACCUGUCCACACUGUCUCUCUGAAGUUACAUUUAUAUUUCACCAAUUUGUUUUUGCCAAAUACAUAUUAAGGGAAAUGUAAUUCUUGCCUAUUGAUCACAUGACCAACCCACAGCUAUGCAGUUUGACUCAGCUCAAUGUUUUAGCAUCUUUCAGCUCAUUGUUUUGGUUUUAUGGCUUGCAAUUUUACUGUUUUAGUUCACUGUCACUGCUCUGAUCAGCACAGUGUCAGUGAGUGAACAUAAUGGAGCAUUUAGCAGCUAAAGAGCCAGAUGUUUCCAUUAAGAGUGGGUGGAGACCAAAACAGAGCUAAAAGAAAGGUGAAUAUUUAAGUCACAGUCAUCAGGUGGCCAGAAACAUGAGUCCAAAUGAAUGCUAAUGUUGCUCCAUAUCUGCUGAAUGUGUAAAUAGGCAACUGUUUGCUAACAAGUUCAGCAUAUCAACUUAAAAGGUGAAAAUAUAUGUCGGUGUUGUGUGUGUCAGCGUGUUUCUGCUGCCCCCCAGUGGAAAAAAACAAACAAACAAACAAACAAAAAAAAAAACAGGUGUAAGGUUGGGAAAGAUAAUUGUUUUGGUCACAUGUUAAUAAACUAAAUGAUGUUUCAAGUCACUGUUGCCUUUUUAAUAUUUAACAAAGACCAUAAUCUUUCCCUGACCUUGUGCCUAAACAUAAGCAUAAAAAAUGUUAAUAAUGCUUUCCUUGCUACAGUACAAGUGGAAAUUGUAUUGCAAGAGUGGAAACAAAUAAAAUAUGUUGUUAUUGAACAAUUUACAAUUAGUUCAGGCAGCAUUACAUUUCUCUUAAAAAGUAUCUGCUGUUGGAAAUGUGUGGUAUAUAAAUGUGAUUUCAAUCUGUGUAUUUAUAAUAAAUCUUGCACAAGUCAACUCAUGGUUUAUGGAUCUUAAUAAAGUUUAAUGGGCGUCUGAGAACCUUAAUUGGUUAACAGGCCAAUAAUAAACAGAUUCCUGUCACAGUUGGUGAGCGUAAAUAGCUUUCAUAAGGCAGCUUGGGAUAACUGAUGAAUUAAUAAAUUCCUUAAUUGUUGCUCUUGAGCUCAAUAUGUGCUUACAGUAUGUGAUGGCUGUCCCCUUCAUGUGUACAGCAGAGUUUCUGUUGGCCUUACUGCAGUGUGUGCUGCUGGUGCAGUGUGCAGCUGCAUUGUCAGAAUCAACCUAGAGGCUUGCGGAGGUUUUUCUUCUGAGCUUAUUUCAAAUCAUUAUUUCAAUCCGGAAUAAUAAUGUGCAUCCUCCUCAGCUCUACUGUUUUUUGGGUGAUCACUUUAAUUCAUCAAAUUCAUGUUGCUAAGCGUUGUUUGUUUUUGCCAGUGAUUGAUAAGUUGGCCUCAGUAUCACUGUCAGUUUUUGUAACCAGGAAAUCGUUUGAGGGAACUGAUUUUUCGGCUUAAAUGAAGAGGAGAAGGCAGGAGUGAAAUCAUCAUGCAGCUCCAUAAGCCUCCUGAAGCUUUACAGCUACAGUUGUGUCUCACUUCAUACCAACUCCUGCACAAGAAAACAGUGGUGAAAAUUUACCCAAUGAUAUUAAAAUUGCAGAUCUGUUUAAAUUAAGAACGGUUGCUCUUAUUAAAUCACGCUGCUACAUCUUGUAUAUUUCUUUUGCUAAACUGAAAUAAUCUGUUUUUUUUUGUGUGUGUGUGUGUGUGUGUCUACAUUACCUUACAUCUGUCUAUGCUCACACUGGCUGACCCAUAAUGAGGAAACUGGACAGUGCCACUGACGUUAUUGUAGUUUCUGUAGUGAAUUAUAAUAUGAAUUAAUUUUGUAUUUAAAUGAUGCAAAUGUAAAUCAGUGGGUUAAAACGUUUUAACGUGAACAUUGAAUGUUCCAGUUAAUUAAUAUAUUGGAGAAUUCUGGCUUUUAAUGAUGAAUAAAAAAACAUGAUUUUUAAAUUAGAUUUUAGUUUUUAUUGACUGGUCAUCUCCCUUUUCAGCUGGCCAAUCAGAGCUCUUGUUGUUCUUUGGGAUGGACUUUUUAUUUAAGGGUUUUACAAACCACAAACUAACUGACUUUCCUCUGGUCAAAGAGACAGAGCAAAUGAAUACGACAAGAACAAACAUUAGAGAAUAAAACACAUUAGCACACUCCAGCCUCCAUAAAAGCCAGUAUGUGAUGUGAUAUUUACAAGAAUUUCAAGGUUGCAUAAAGUUUUCAUGUCAACAGUUUUGCAAAAGUAAAAUAUUCUGGGUAAUUUUUCAUUCUGUUUCUCAAGGCUAGCUAUGCUGUAUGUGCAGUUUAUUGUCAUGGUAUGGUCAUUUAUUUAUCAUAGUCCUCAGAAUUCUGCAUUGUAAAUAAAAUGUGAAUGUAGAACCAAUUUUUUGAGGUGUGUGUCGAAAUAUAGCUGAUAUCAUUUUGCUGCUAUUAGUCUGUUGGACGCUUUUUUGUUUUUAAAUGCUGCUAUGCAAAUUGGCACGUAAUGUUAUGGUUUGACCAAGGUAACAUCAUCUCAUGUGAUUGUGUAGAAACAGCACACCACUACCAGGCUGACCAAGGUCAACUGUUUUCUCUCCUUAUUCUGUAUCAUAAACUACAGUUGACCUCAAAUAGAACAGACUUGUAUUGAUCUAUGUUGUUCCUCAGCUUUCUGUGGAAAUGUGUCAUACAUGUUUCACAUAUUCAAAAUCAAAGCCAAAUCAAAACUUAAUUUCUACAAAUGUUUAAAUGUAAUUAGAGUAUUUUCAGAUUGGGAUGUUGAGGUUACAUCUUCCUGGCACAGUUUGACUUGUAACAGGAUUAAUGAUUAUUAUUAAUGAGAAUAUCAGUGUCUUGAAAGAAGGUGUCACAUGGCUGCCUGAGUAUUAAGGAUGACACCCGAUUCAAGAACAAGGCUUUCUUUUUUUUGUAUUUGUACUUUGUACUCAGAUUUUCAGAUUAUGAAACAUUUAGCCUUUGUGCAUCCAUACCCAAAUAUUAUGUAAUUUUGUCUUGUUUUGUGUUUUCAGUUUGGAUGAUGGACACUCUUACCCUAAACUGACAUUCUUUAUUUAUUCUAUAUUUAUAUAGUUUUUUGUCUCUUUUAUAUCUGUCUCCUUGCAGAUUAUCCAGUGAUGAGUAGAGGUGGGGCUUUGGGACCUAUCCUGAAUCACUGCAGAGACUAUUACUAUGUACUUACAUUACAUUCACAGCAGAAAUGCGGCAUUUUAUCAUUAGCCCUUAAAUACAAGCCUAAAAUAGUUCUGUUGGGUUGAUUUUUUCUUGUGUAGGUUUUGAAUAUUGUUUUGGGAAAGAGGUUCAAUGUUCAAAUGCGCAGAAUGGUGUAAAUAUGAAGUGAACACUAAAUGUUUACAGUUGUAUGUUCAGAUUCCCUAAUGAUGUGGAUGUUGACUCAUUGAAAGUAUUAUGAGUUUCCACAGAAACAACAACAAAAGCAUAUUUUUGAGCACUGAUGGUGCACAAAAAAGCUCAAAACCCAUGAAGGCAAGCUCUGAGCAAACAGGUUGAAUUGUGUAUGACACAGCUGAUUGUUGGUUAUCCAUGAAAUUGUAUCACCACAAUUUGGGAAUAAUAACUUCCUACAAAAAAUAUCUUCCUAUAAUGAAACAAUAACAUGGCCCUGGCUGAGUAUUCUAGCAUGUAAUCAGCCUUUAUUAUCGAUCGUGUAGAUAUGUGCAGGAUAUAUUGUGGUGCUACUUCCAUGAAUAACAAACAUGUCAAACAUUUUGAAUUAAAAAAAGACAUGCUGACUGUGUCUAGUAAUUGUUACAUGGUCCCAUUAAUGGAUAAACAGAGGUUUCUAAUGGCCUUUUUCUGACAUGCUGUAUUUAUUUGGAAUUAAAUCGACCGUAAAUGUG